AUGGGCAUCGAACUGGCCCAGUGGUGGCCUUUGGGGCGAUGGGGGGUGGCUUCAGUCCUCGCCAGCUACAUGAGCGUCAGUGGUUUGAAGAAGAAGUCGCUGAACCGAAGCGGGGCAAUGGCGGCGUUCUUCGUCGGGUUGGUUUCACUCGGACUCUCUCUGCGCCUUGGCCUGACGUUGAUCCUCUUCUACAAGUCGAGCUCCAUCCUCACCAAAGUCGGCUUCGAGCGCAAGGCCAAGCUCACAGAUGACUACAAGGAAGGGGGACAGCGCGGCGCCGCCCAGGUGCUGUCGUGCUCCCUCUUCGCAACCAUCCUAGCGGUGCACCACACGGUUGUGACGGGGGCAGGAGACAGCCUGGUGGACUUCGAGUCCGACCCGCUGGCCGGAGCGCUGCUCUGCGCUUACCUCGGGUUCUACGCGUGCUGCGCGGGCGACACUUGGAGCUCGGAGCUCGGGGUUCUCAGCAAAACCCCUCCUCGGCUGAUCACCAAGCCAUGGAAAACCGUUCCUCCCGGGACGAACGGAGGGAUGUCGCUGAUGGGGACGGUGGCAUCAGUGGCCGCCGGCGUGGUGAUGGGCGCCGGUAGGUGUAGUUAA